AAUCGACUUCACCUCUCGGGACCCAGCCAAUUCACCACCCAUCCUCAUCCUCGUCACUUUCAGCCCUUUUCUCUACACCUUCACACACGUCGCAACCGAACCCUUCGACUCCGAUAUACCAUCUCAGCAGUCGCCAAUCGUAUCACACACAUCCCGAUCGCUACCGUCACGUCGCCCGCCUUCGCAUCUCCACCACCUACGAGAUCUAUUUGUGGCUGCGCCUCUUUCCUUCCGGUAUCCGUUGUCCUCUCGUUGUUGGACCCCACGAACAACAUCCACCACGUCUUGCAGCUAGUCUCAGACUCUACGACAUCGCUCGCAUCGGAUAGCUGAGCAGGACCAUCUAUCUCAGACCUGCAGUGGAAACCACAAAAGGCGCAAGGUUGCAGUUCACAAUCUGUCGCCUUAUGCGACUAUCCGCUCCUCUUGAUUUCAUCCAGUUACACCACUAAAGCGACCACGCUCGGCUCAGCCUAAUCACCAUAGCUCGACACGAAUUUCUUUUCCCUCCCUUCUUCACCGCUUCCGACUUCGAGUCUUCGUUUUCAAAGCUGCGAAACCCGUUCGUCGCUCCUCUUAAGCUCUAUCGACCCCUGCUCCUGUCGUCCGUCUACUAGGUGGACGGGUUGACAAGACAGAUACAACAAUGGCACAGAAUCAGACACAACAAAAUGUUAUGAGAAGGAAACUCGUUAUAAUAGGAGACGGAGCUUGCGGCAAGACAUCAUUACUAUCGGUAUUCACUCUCGGUUAUUUUCCAACACAUUACGUGCCGACAGUCUUUGAGAACUACGUCACGGAUUGUCGAGUUGAUGGGAGAUCCGUACAACUGGCACUCUGGGAUACAGCCGGACAAGAAGACUACGAAAGACUGAGGCCGCUCGCAUACGCAAAAUCACAUGUUAUUCUGAUUGGAUUCAGUGUGGACAGUCCGGACAGUCUGGAGAAUGUACGGCAUAAAUGGAUCGAAGAAGCGAGAGAAAGAUGCCCAACAGUCCCCAUCAUUCUCGUCGGCUUGAAAAAGGAUCUUAGAGAGGAUCCCAUGGCCAUCGAGGAGAUGCGGAAAAAGAGCCUGAAGUUUGUGACUCCACGAGAAGGUGCCGAGAUGGCCCAACAAUGCGGAGCUCGAAAAUAUCUGGAAUGCUCCAGUUUGACUGGCGAGGGGGUAGACGAUGUCUUCGAGGCGGCCACAAGAGCGGCGCUUUUGACGUUCAAUGGCAAGCAGGGUGGAGGAGGAUGCUGUGUUAUCUUGUGAUCGAAAAGAACGUGUCAACACAACCGCCAACCAUGCUGGACGAAUCUACGAAACAGUAAGGCCGCUGUCUUUUUGCCAAUUCUUUUCUGGCAUUUGGAGUUGGUCUAGGACGGUUCCAAAAGCUCUAUGGGAAUGGCUAUACCAUAUCAGUAAUUGGGAUUGGAUGAUUGGCAUUUUCUGGAGUCUUCUCCUUGCGCCACGCAACGAACAAUCUUCUUUUGUUUCUGUUGGACUUUAGCGAAUUAGCAAAUGACGGAUCUUCUUCUUUCUCAAAAGCCUCAAAACAGUUGGAUUUUCUUCGUAGACAAGAUUUAGCCGUCCUGCUCGACUGCUC